UUUCUAACGCCAAAAAAGGAAAAAAAAACCUUAUAAAUGUAGCGAAGGCUUGUCUGAAUUCUGAACUCCUGAGGAUGAGCAUUGCUAUUGGGGGGAAAGCCAUAGUUCCAAACAUAAAUCACUCAGUAAGGCCCACCAUGGUUUUAAAUCUUCCAUGUCGUUCCUCUUCAAGUUUCUUACAUCUUUUAAAAUACAAUCAAUGCAUCAAACGCUUAAAGCCGCUUAAAUCCCUUCUCAUCGUACACGGUCUCAUUAAAAACAACUUACUGCUAGAACAAUUUCUCAAAUCUUGCUUUAAUCUGGGUGCUCCAAAUUUAGCUCUCUCCACAUUUUACCAGAUUCAAAACCCAAAUUUGUUCUUACAAAACUUAAUGUUAAAGGGUCUUUCUAGUCUUGGUUUAUCUGAAGAUGUUUUAUCUGUUUAUCUAAAAUGCCGGGUCCUGAAUUGCCCAUCCGAUAAAUUUACAUUUCCUUUCGUGAUUAAGGCUUCCUCAGCUCUAGGUGCUUCUGGGAUUGGAAGACAGAUUCAUGGCUUUGUUUUGAGAAGAGGGUAUGAAAGAAAUGUUGUUAUAAUGACUUCUAUUAUUGAUUUUUAUGCGAAAAAUGCCCAGAUAGGGAUUGCGCGGAAACUGAUUGAUGGAAUUUCUGAACCAGACUUGGUUUCAUGGAAUGCUUUGGUUUCUGGUUACUGUUUUAAUGGACUUGAUAAAGAAGCAUUAGGGGUUGUCAGGGAAAUUCAGGGAGUGGACAUAAAGCCUAAUGUUAGUACUUUGGCAAGUAUAAUUCCGGUAUGUAGUCGGUGGAGGUAUUUUGGUAUUGGUAAAUCUCUUCAUGGUUUUGCUAUUAAAUGUGGAUAUUUCUUGAAUGAUUUUUUGGUGCCUGCUUUUAUUUCGAUGUAUAAAAGUGAAGUGGAUUUAUCUAGUGCUAGACAAUUGUUUGACUUUGCUGUGGAAAGGAAUGUUUCUGUUUGGAAUGCUAUGAUCAAUGGUUAUACACAGAACGAGAAGUUUUUGGAAGGUUUUGAGAUGUUUCGGGAAAUGCUUCGAGCUGAUGUGCAGCCUAAUUCAGUCACUUUUGUGUCUAUAAUUCCCUCAUGUGAGAACUAUUUUAAUAUUUGGUAUGGCGUAUCACUCCAUGGUUGUGUUAUUAAAUAUGGGUUAGGAAAUCAGGUUUCUGUGUUGACAGCUCUGGUGUCAAUGUAUGCUAAGCUUGGGUACAUAAGUUUAGCUGUAUUUUUGUUUAAUCAGAUGCCUAACAAAACGCUGCUGUCAUGGAAUGUUAUGAUUUCUCGUUAUGUAAGUAAUGGGCUAUGGGAUGAAAGUUUGGUUGCAUUUCGUGGAAUGCAAUUGGAAGGGUUCAGCCCCGAUGCAGUCUCAAUUGUUAGCAUGCUUUCUGCCUGCUCCAACCAAGGUGACAUUAUACUGGGUGAAUCAGCACAUGCAUUUGUAGUUAGAAGAAGUUUUGAAACAAAUAUUAAUGUUUCAAACGCACUACUGGCAUUUUACUCUGAUUGUUGUCUACUCUCCACUUGUUUUAAGCUAUUUGAAAGAAUGGCGACUAAAAAUACUGUAUCAUGGAAUACAUUGAUAUCUGGGUAUGUACACAGUGGACAAAAGGAGAAGGCGAAUAUGAUUUUUCACCAGAUGCAGAAAGAGGGAGAGAAGUUGGAUUCUGUAACUUUGCUAAGUAUCCUUUCUUCUUACACUGAGAGUGAAAAUUUCAGCCAAGGAACAAUACUUCAUGGUUAUGCCAUCAAAGCUGGGUGUGAGUCUGAUGUCUCUUUGACAAAUGCACUAAUUAGCAUGUAUUGUGACUGCGGGGAGCUUGAUGCUGGAUUGUCAUUGUUUGAUGUCAUGCCUGAAAGAAGUGUAGUUUCUUGGAAUUCAUUAAUGACGGGCUUCCGGCAUUACAACUUAUCAAACAACGUUUUAGUCUUGUUUGGUUCAAUGAUAAAGGAGGAUCAGAGACCAAAUCAAGUUAGUUUGCUAAACUUAUUGCCCAUAUGCUGCACGCUGCCACAGGGUAAGUCCAUCCAUGCUUUUGCACUCAGAACAGGAAUAAUAGAAGAAACCACUGUUCUUACGUCUCUUAUCUUCAUGUAUGCUAGAUUUGGUAACAUAAAUUUGUGCCUCCUUGUUUUUCAUAUGGGGAAAAAAGGAGAUAUUUCUUUGUGGAAUGCUAUCAUAUCCGUGCAUGUUGAUACAAAAAAUGCCGAAAGAGCAGUUGCUGUUUUUCGUGAAUUGCUCCAGUUAAGUUUGGAACCCGACAAUAUAACAGUUUUAAGUUUAAUCUCCUCAUGUAUUCUAGUAAAUAGCCUAAAUCUAGCAGAUUCUGUGAUGGCCUAUGUGAUACGCAAGGGCUUUGACAAAGAUGUGUUAGUUACUAAUGCCCUUAUAGAUCUAUAUGCAAGAUGUGGAAACAUUGUGGUUGCUAGAUUGCUGUUUAACUACAUGCAUGAAAGGGAUGCUGUCUCUUGGAGUGUGAUGAUUAAUGGAUACAGAUUGCAUGGAGAUGCUAUAGAUGCCCUCGAACUUUUUUCGAGGAUGCGAAUUUCAGGGGUGAGCCCUGAUGCCAUUACUUAUUCAAGUCUUUUAUCAGCUUGUAGCCAUGCUGGUUUAGUUGAGAAAGGCCAUAGGGUUUUCAACUCUAUGGUUGAAGACGGGGUAUCUCCAAGAACAGAGCAUUAUGCUUGUAUGGUUGACCUUCUUGGGCGAACCGGUCACUUGCAUGAAGCUUAUGAUAUAGUUAAUAGACUUCCAUUUAAACCUUCUAUAGGCAUGCUUGAAUCCUUGUUGGGUGCUUGUAAAAUCUACGGGAAUGUUGAACUUGGAGAGAGAAUUUGUCAGAUGCUCUUUAAAAUGUACCCACAAAAUUCAGAAUCCUAUGUGAUGCUUCACAAUAUCUAUGCAGCAGCUGGGAAGUGGGAAGAUGCCAAUACAGUUAGGUCUAUCAUGGAAGGAAGACUACUAAGGAAAGUCCCUGGUUUUAGUCUAGUUGGAGAUUAACAUCAGAAUUAGCAGUCCUCUGAAGUGUGCUAACAAGUAAAUGAAUGUCAAGGCGAGUAGACAACGUCAUGUGACCACGCAUGUCGAAGGUGAUCCACUGAGCUCCAAAUCAACUAGUGGUAGCCGCUCCAGAAAGCAGCUGUCUGAAGCGUAAAUGAAUGUGCACGAUCGGAAGAGGUGUCUGAGGUGAUCCACAGAGGUCUAUGUGAAAAAAAUGGCAGCCAAUGGAGAGCUAAGAAAUAUCGCUCGAGCUGUUAACCAACAGUCGACCUUCUUCGAGUAAGUGGAGAAUAAUGUUGGGGUCAACCAACCCACAAUUUCUUUCUGAAACUAGCAAGUCAAAACGACCCUUGAUAUGAAAUGACGGUUGAAUACAAAAAGUAAGAAGUGAUGCUGAUGCGGUAGACACAAAAACAGCCUGGAAAAAAGAAAGCAAAUGGAUUACUUACAGUUAUCCAGAUAACUAGAGAGAAAGUAGCCGGUGGAAGAGAAAAAGAUGAAGAGUCUUCAUUUUCACACGGGAUGGUUUUGGCCGGGAGAAGAAGAGAUGAAGAAAAAAAAUGAAAGGGAUAGUUGGAAUAAUACGGAAUCAAACUAAUCCUUCUCAACUUCCAUUCCAAGUGGCUUGGGAUACAUCAAGCGCCAGCAGCAUGCAUCAAAGUACCAAACCCAUGAAGGAAGGCCAUUCGUAAUCCAAUGUUGGAUGCGAUCACUGUUGGUGGCAGCUCCGCUAUGGAUGAUGACACUCGACAUAUUUGAUUAGAUUCUUGGAGUUCUUUUUUUUAGAAAAAAAAUUGAGAUAAAUAAAUUAUUUAAUUUUUUAAAAUAAA